AUGGCAUCGGAGAAGCAACGAAAGACGGAGAGAGCAGAGGUAGCAGCAAGACUCGCUGCUGAAGACUUGCAUGACAUAAACAAACACCGUGACGAUGACGUCACGUUAUACAAGGUAACGGAGAGAACAGUCGAACAUCCACCGGAGCAAGAGAGACCAGGAGUGAUAGGAUCGGUGUUCAGAGCUGUGCAAGGAACAUACGAGCACGCGAGAGACGCUGUUGUCGGAAAAAGCCACGAUGCUGCCGUGGCGACCAGUGAAGGAGCUAAGAUGGCUUCAGAGAAAGCGGCUGGAGCCAAAGACGCAACUCUUGAUAAGGCUAAAGAGACGGCUGACUACACGGCUGAGAAGGCUAGAGAGGCUAAGGAUAAGACGGCAGAGAAGAUGGGAGAAUACAAAGACUAUACUGUUGAUAAGGCGGUGGAAGCGAAGGAUAAGACGGCAGAGAAGGCGAAGGAGACGGCGAACUAUACGGCGGUUAAGGCUAAAGAGGCGAAGGACAAGACUGCUCAGAAAGUGGGUGAGUAUAAGGAUUACACGGUGGACAAGGCUGUGGAAGCUAAGGAUUACACGGCGGAGAAGGCUGUUGAAGCGAAAGAUAGGACGGGAGAGUAUAAGGACUACACGGUGGAGAAGGCGGUGGAAGGGAAAGAUGCUGGUGUGAGUAAGCUUGGUGAGUUGAAGGAUAGUGCUAUUGAUACGGCUAAGAGAGCUAUGGGUUUCUUGUCGGGAAAGACAGAAGAAACCAAACAAAAAGCUGUUGAGACCAAAGAUAGUGCCAAGGAGAAAAUGGAGGAGAUGAGACAAGAAGGUAAAGAACUCAAAGACCAAGCUGGAGAGGAAGCUCGUGUGGCAUCUCAAAAGACAAGGGAGAGUACUGAUUCUGCAGCUGAAAGAGCACACGAGACGAAAGAUUCUGCUGCGGUUAGGGGUAAUGAAGGGAAAGGGACAAUAUUUGGUGCACUAGGGAAUGUGACGGAUGCUAUAAAGAGCAAGCUGACAAUGCCAUCGGACAUUGUGGAGGAGACACGUGCGGCACGUGAGCAUGGAGGGACGGGGAGGACGGUGGUUGAAGUCAAAGUUGAAGAUAUCAAACCUGGUAAGGUGGCGACUUCUCUGGAUGACGUUGGACGUAUGGAUGAGGCUGCUCGGAAAGAGAAGGGAAAGCUCUAA